AUGUCUUUUAUUCUGCAAGUUCUUUUUCUUUACUCUCUUUCUCUUCUCUUUACUUCACUCACAAGCUUUCUGCUUUCUUCCUCACCUUUUCUUCCCUCUCUUUCUCUCCCACUGCAUCUCCUUUCCUCACCCUUUCUUCUCUCUCUUUCUCGCCCACUCCCUGCUUUCUUCCUCGCCCUUUUUUUCCCAUUCUCUGAUUUCUUCCUCACGCUUUUCCUCUCACCCCCUCUGCUUUCAUUCUCGCCAUUUUUCUCACGCACUCUCAUCAACUUCUCCUUUCACUCUCUUUCUCUGCUUUUCCUCUACCCAUUCUUUUUUCUGUAUGUCUGUCUGUCUGUCUGUCUCUCUCUCUCUCUCUCUCUCUCUCUCUCCCUCUUUGUGCUUUCUUUUUCACCUUUUCUUUUUUCAAUCUGCUUUUUUUCCAGGGCCUUUCUUCUUAUAACUUCUCUGUCUUUCACAUUACAUUCACCGUCACCUUUUCUUCUCACUCCCUGUGCUUACUUCCUCACUUUUUCUCACUUACUCUCUCUAUUUAUUCAGCUUUUCUUCACUUUCUCUCUCACACUCUCUUCCUGCUUUCUUCUUCACCUUUUCUCCUUACUCUGUCUGCUUUCUCCUUUCCUUUUCUACUCAUUCUAUUUACAUUUUUACUCACCAUUCCUUCUCUCUCUCUCUCUCUCUCUCUCUCUCUGCUUUCUUCUUCACCUUUUCUUUUUACUCUGCUUUCUUUUUCGCCUUUUCUUCUUUCCCUCACACCCUCUCUCUUUCUCUCUCUCUCUCCCUCUGCAUUCUUUCAUUAUUCUUCUCACUCACAUUGCUGUCUUCUUCACCUUUUUUUUCUUGCUCUCUGCUAUCUUCUCCAUCUUUUCCUCUCUUUUCCCCUACUUCCGUUCCCACCUUUUCUCUCUUUUUUUUUCUGUAAUCAGGCUCAUUAAAAGGAAACAUGAUGGGAGAAUAUUCUUUGUCGAUCCGACUGUUUUUUAUGCUGCUUCAUUAAAUAUUGUGAUGCCUAAAAACGUUCCUCUGUUUUGGUUUCAUUCUCUCACUCUUUGUCUUUCCUAUCCUUUUCUCUCUCUCUCUCUGUCUCUCUCUCUCUCUCUCUCUCUCUCUCUCUCUCUCAUAUCUGAGGGGUCAUCAGAUGGGCUGGGCACUUAA